AUGAGGCUUUCAGUAGCAUUCCAGCUUGCUCUCUUUCUUACUCUCAACCUGAUCACCUUGUUCAGCCUCGUCGCCCCCUGCGGCGACUGCUGCCCGAAGCCGCACAAGUGCCACCCCAAGCCGCCUAAGCCCGGGCCGCCGGCGCCUCCUGCGGAGGCGAAGUGCCCGAGGGACGCGCUGAAACUGGGGGUGUGCGCCAACGUGCUAAGCGGCCUGCUGAACGUAACGCUGGGCACGCCGCCCAAGGAGCCCUGCUGCCCGUUGCUGCAGGGGCUGGCCGACCUGGAAGCCGCGGUCUGCCUCUGCACCGCGCUCAAGGGCAACAUCCUCGGCCUCAACCUCAACCUCCCCAUCAGCCUCAGACUCCUCGUCAACUACUGCGGGAAGAAGGUCCCCACCGGCUUCCUCUGCUACUAA